AAGCGACCAGCAUCUCCCUUCCAAGUUCGUCCCCCUCCCUCACCUCCGCCUGCUGCUCCGCAUCGGCCAAAACUCCAAACCGGCGCUGCCGACCCGCCGCAUCCGCCGCCGCCGACCGGAUCCUCCUGCCGCCCGCUCCCCGACGCGGCCGCGUCAACUCCAGCUGCGCUCCCGCGACCUCGUCUCUGCGACCGCACAUGAUCGCGCGGUCAAACCCCAGAGGCAGAGACCCGGCCCGCCCGCUCCGCUAGCAAGUAGCCGCUGCAGGCAGCAGCAACCCAAUGCUGUGCUCCUCCCACCGCCCCUCCACCACCUCCUGCGCGCACAAGUCAACUCCCACCCGCGGCCGCCGCGCCCCACGCCGGCCCCCCACCCCAUGGCUCGCUCCAAGCCCGCUCUCGUUGCCGUCUUCCUCCUGGUCCUCGCGCUCCUCCUCGCCAUCGCCGCCGCACAGGGCCCGCCGCGGCCACUCACCAAUCCCUCCGAUGCGGCCGCCCUGCACGCCGUGUUCCGGCAGUGGCGCCUGGAGGGCGACGCUGCGGCAGAGGACCCGUGCGGGAAGGGCGCCUGGUCCGGGUCGUUCGCGAUGAACGCGUCCGUCGGCUGCGACUGCUCCAGCGGCGUUGAGUGCCGCAUCACACAGCUGAAUGUGACUGGUUACAGGAACAUCACGGAGAUCCCGCCAGCGCUCUUCAACUUGACGGAGCUUGUCACUCUGGAUUUGAGUAAUAACAACCUGAGUGGUUCAGUUCCCCGAGAAGUUGGCAAUCUUUCCAAGCUGGAAACAUGGCCUGGCGCAGUGGUUAAAGUCACCCCACUGAGCCAAAAGGUCCUGGGUUCGAGUCAGCCUCUCUGCAUGCAGGGGAAAGGCUUGCCUUGGUUAUUCCUUCCCCAGACCCCACUAACGUGGGAGCUACCAGCACUGGCUAGGCACUUCAAUAAUAACAAUCUCAGUGGCUAUUUUCCUCAUGAAUCAUCACUUUUAAGGAAUCUCAAGUCCCUGUGGAUGUUUGAUAAUUACAUCGAAGGGCCUAUUCCAGAAUUUAUUCAGAACUUAACCAACCUGACAGACUUGCGAUUAUAUGGGAUGAAACUUCAAGGACCUAUUCCACAAAAUUUCUCCAAAUUGAUCAAUCUAGAAAACCUGAUGCUUGGUGACCUUGAGGGCAACUAUACUUCUUUUGAUUUCAUAGAAAACUGGGCAAACCUUUCAACAUUGUCUCUAAGGAAAUGCGGGCUCAUAGGCCAGCUUCUUAGUCCUCCCCGAAACUUGCCCAAGCUGAAAUACCUGGAUUUGACAUCGAACAAUUUAUCAGGCUCAAUAAAACUAUUGCUUCAGUACAAGGACUCAUUAAACUUCAUAUAUGUAGGUAAUAACAGCUUCAGUGAACGUCUGCCUCCUGAAAUUAUUCAGCCAUCCGUUCCUUUGGAUGUUUCAUAUAAUCCUUUCAUUAAUGGAUCCCUUCGUAGCAUCCCUGCUGGUCAGCAGUGGCCCAUAAAUUAUAUUGGAACUUCAGUUGAUGCAAAUGGAACAAUCGACAGUGGAAGUCUCACAAUCGUCAACUGCCUUCGCAUGCAAGAAUGCAACAGAAAUGACUUAACUAAUCAUGCAACUUCCUUCGCUAUUAACUGUGGUGGCAAGCAAACUAGUUAUUCAGAUCGAAUGCCAACUGUUUUCUCUGAAGACUCCACUGAUCUUGGAGGAGCAGGCUUUCAUGUUAAUACUACGAGUCAUUGGGUAGUUAGUCAUGUGGGUUCUGAUCCAUUUAGUAAAUCCCCUGGCAUUGUACACGAUAUUCUGGAAACAGACAUGCUAGAGCUCUACAAAACAGCAAGGACAUCAACAGGUGCAUUGAGGUACUAUGUGGUAGGUUUGGCAAACGGGAAAUACACAAUCCAACUCUUCUUUGCAGAGAUAGUCAUAGUUGAUGGACCAGGACGGCGUGUAUUUGACAUUGAUAUUCAGGAUCGGAAUAUCAGGAAGGAUUUUGACAUUGCUAAGGAAGCAGGAGGUUCCAGAAAACCCACUAAUAUAACCCAUGAAGUGAUUGUUGACAACACCAUACUGGUAAUACAUCUAUAUUGGAGCGGACGAGGCACCUGCUGCAUUCCAUAUGAAGGAGCUUAUGGGCCACUUGUGUCAGCAAUAAAAGUUACCCGUUUCCAAGACCCCAAGAUCAGUCCCCCACAAGCACCGCAUUCUGGUUCUUCACGACAGGAUGAAAAGCGAAGAGGAAUUAUUGCAGGCAUUGCAGCUCUUUGCAUAGCUGCUGCAGUAAUAUCUUCAUCCGUGGUUUACCUUUGGUGGAAAUGGGUUUCGCUUGUGAAACGUCCAAUGGGAUGAGGAAUUCAGGAAUUUUGGUGUAUAUAUCUGAUUUUCAUCCUGUUUCCUUUCCAUUCGUCAGAGCCUUGUGUAUGUGUUGUUUGUGUGCUGAGUUUUGGUGUGAGCAUAACUAGAAGGAUACAAUUGUUGUACAGUUCACUUUGUGAUGAAAGCUUAGUCUGUAGUUUUGCUUCACUAUUGUAACAAGAAUAUCUACUACUGAUGUACACAAUUUAUUAGAUGUCCGAUCAAAAUCAUUGUUGUUGCUAAA